AUGGGCUCAAUAAACCCGUUGAGAAACAAACGCAAUUGUUUGUACGGAAUAGCGACUAAACAUUCAAUAUUCGAUCGCAUUCCACAUUUUUUCAGAAAAUAUGAAAAAACUAUAACAUGUUCACCUUGCACUUCAAUUUAUAAAAGAAUAUAUAAUGUACAAUACACGUAUUACGCAACACACACCCACAGUGUUUUUGACUCUAAAUCUCUAGUACAUAGAAUAAGCGAUCGCAUUCUGUUUUGUAAUAAAUUAGGAUGUCAGUAUUAUUCCUCUCUUUCUGAACUAGCAAAUUCUGAACCGGGUGCAUCGUCUUCGGAUUCCAUCGACAACUCUUCAAAUAAAAGCUUAGAAUCCUCUAAAAUCGCUAUCCCGUUAUGUUACGAAGACUACUGGUCUGAAAAACAGAUACGAGAACUUGAAAGUAGCAGGCCAGACCUUCUGGUGAGGGGUACAGUGUUCGUUCCAGCGUUUAACACCUCUGAAUCGAGGCUCAUUCCCGCCGAUUCAGAGCACUCGUGUUUAAUCGCUGGUAAAACAGACCCUGAAGAUGGUGUGAAGAGGAGGGAAUCUAAUGAACUUAAGAUAUAUGGCUUUAUUUCAAGGAACAGGGCGUUUCACGGGGACAAAGUUGUUUGUAUAAAGUCGAGACGGCAGAAGGGGAAGGCGCCCCAAGACAACUUGAAGGAGACCCCGGGCGAGUGCAGAGUCAUAAGCAUAAUAAAUCGCAACCCUAAACUUUACAGCUUCGUGGCGACGUUUAAUUUGUCGGACUUUUACGACGAUUCGAUGCUGCACAUUAGAUGCCAGCCCAGGGACACCAGGUGGCCGGCGUUCAAGGUGGACAAGUCAAGCUUGAAGAGUCAUAUAUCUGAAAGCCUGAGCUCGAUGAAGCCGGAUCAGAAGACGCUGUGUAUGUGUAGGUUCCUGCACUGGCAUGAGCACCAGCUGGAGCCGACAGGAGCGAUCACGAGUUUGCUGGGCGACGUUGGAGAGACGAACUCGCAGAUGGAGGCGACCAUGCGGUUCCACAGCCUGGACGCGUCAGAUUUCUCGGAAAGUGUUUUGGAGGACCUAGGUGAGUUGAUCAAAAGGGGCAACGAAACAAGGGACCUGAACAGGGUGGAUAUGAACCACCUCUUUGUCCUGAGCAUUGACCCGCAGGACGCCAAGGACCUGGAUGACGCGCUGUCGGUGGAGAAGCUGCUCGACGACAAGGGAAACGUCUACUACAGAAUAGGCAUACACAUAGCAGACGUGAGCCACUACGUGAAGGAGGACUCUCUGGUGGACCUGGACGCGAGGAGCAGGGCGACAUCGGUGUACCUGGAGCACAAGGUGUACCCGAUGCUGCCGCGGCAGCUGAGCGAAGACCUUUGCUCACUUCUGCCGAACAGGGAGAGGCUAUGCUUCUCAGUGUUUGUGGAGGUAGUUGAGUGCGGAGACGGGGAGAAGAUCGGGAACGACCUCUACAUCAAGGACGUCAAGUUCAAGCUGACUAAAAUAACAAGCAAAAACAGACUCGGGUACGACAACGCCAAGACGAUGCUGUCCAGCUGCCUGAAGAUGAAGAAGGCUGAUUCGAACUUGACGGGGUACACCUUUGAGAGCAUUGAGAGCCUGAUAUCACAACUGGACCUGCAGGAUGAGACUAAGGUGGCACUAGUGAGGCUCUACUACCUAUCGCAGAAACUUCGGUUCUACAGGCUGAAGCAGCUAGGAGCAGUGCACGUCGAUAUCGACGGAAGCAUCAAGUGCCACAUUCCGAAGAUAGAAAUGGAACUGCCAAAAAUGAGAAAACUCGCCAAUAAUAAAGCAGGAGAUCCCAAAAGGCACGGCUCUGUUGACGACGAUGCAGCAGGUGAGGUUGCCAAAAGACCAAGAGAGGAACCGGAUCAACAAAGUGACCAGGACCCGGUGUAUGAAAUGUACUUGAACAAGAAGAGGAGGCUGGAUAAAAACUUCCUGCUGAGGAUAGAGAAAAUACCCAAGGAGAGCCACGAACUGAUAGAGGAAAUGAUGCUCCUGGCCAACACGCAGGUGGCCAAGUUCCUCUCCGAGAAGAUAGACCUGUACCUACUGAGGGUGCACGAGGACACGAGCAAGGAUGUGAGGUCGUUCAUAGAAGAGGUGCUCCCGUCGAACCUGAAGAACCUAAUCAACUCGAGCUCCCUCAACGUCACGCAGGUGCUGAGUAAGUGCGAAGAGUACAUGGACCCAGCAGCGUUCCAGUCACUCAGUUUUUCAGUGCUGCAGAAGUUCAAGGAAGCCUUUUACUCGCCAAUAAACAAGAACAACUCGUCACCGAAGGAUGGCAGCAGCGCCAAUGGCAACCGUAAAAUUAAUAACAACGUGACAGGAACUUUCGCCAAUGGUGUUGACGGUGUUUCAAAACAGGGCAGUGGCACUAAUCACGUUGACGGACAUGCUCCAGAUUCAGUAAAAGGCGUCUAUGAGAAAGGCUUCGGCCACCAGUUAAGGCGUGGUGACGACGCCAAUGAUGAUGGCCGUGACGUGGACUAUUCGCAAGAUGACGCAUCCAAUAGCCUGUAUCAAAAUGAGCACAUUGACGACUACGUCGAAAACCUUAAAAAGGAGUACAGCUCCGAUCAGUAUAAAGGUCACUGGGGGCUGGCGUUGCCAGUCUACUUGCACUUUACGUCGCCGAUAAGGAGGUACCCGGACCUGUACACGCACAGGAUGCUGAAGAAUAUUCUCCACAAGGAGGGAAAGACGACGUCGGUCGAGCUCCUGUCGAAGAUUUGCGAACGGUGCAACGUUCAGAAGAGAAGGGCGUUCGACGCGCAAAAGGAGUACAAGAACUUCGCGUUCAACCGGUACUUGCAGUUCAUAUCGUUCAUUGCCACGAAGAUUGAUCCGACGUACCUGAAAACAGUUUCUAUCGCAAGGGCAUAUCCCAGUAACGGCGGUGGCAUUAGCAGCAAUGCUGUUAGUGACUCAGUUGUCGCCAGUGAUCUCGGCGACAGGAGGGAGGUUUGGGGGUACCUUUACGGUGAUGCGUGCAUCUCCAGCAUAGUUUCGACGCCAGUGGCCACCGUGAACUCGAAUAUGGGAGACGGGGAGGCCCCAAAUAUCGAAAACGGCCAGGCUAUCGGAAAAACCUGCCUGGUGUUCUACAUACCACUCCUCAACGAGCAGAAGAGCAUCAGCUGUGAGUCUCUGGGCCUGGUUCCUAUCAACAUCCACUUCCAAAAAACGAAGAGGCAGAAGCAGAGGGUGAAGAACUCGAUGCUCGACUCGUACUACAAGAGCAAGCACGGGGGCCUGUCGUACUCGAAGGACAUGGAGAGGGCCAGGGACGACCAGGAGGGGAAGAUACAGGGCCUGAGCGCCAUGAUGAAGGACAAGAGGAUGGAGUUCUACAUUUACCAGAAGGUCCGCGUACUGCUGGUGCCGGGCCUUAAGAUGUGGACGGUGCGGUUCCCGGAAAUCACCUAA